AUGGCUGAGCAUCGGCGCUUCGUCAGGCCUGCGAGCACUGGAGAGCCGACCCGGCAGGGCGAGACUCAUGUUCCCCGUCGUGGAGGCGUCACCUCGCCCAGUGCUACCAGCAGCUCAUCAUCUGACGAUGAUGAAGGUGGCGUCUUGCUUCGCCCUCGUCUAGCAUCCAUGACCAUUGGUGGCACUUCUUCUGCUACGACUGGAUUCACACCUCCUCAUACUGCACAAGGUCACAAUAUGCCCGCCACCCAGGACGCGCGAGCCAUGAGCUCUACCUCUGGCUUUCGGGGUGACAGUGCUACCGACGACGAUGAUGGUGAUGUCUUCAAGUCGACUCGCCCCUCGACUGGUGCUGCAACUGCUCACAUGCGUUUGCCCACUCGACGUGAUGCAGCUGACCGAGGCUCUGACAACUUCGGCCCCCAGGCCUACCCCCGCCGUACCCAGGUCGAUGAAUCGCCCUUCCCGGGUGAGCGUCAGCAGCGAUAUACCCGCAACGAGCAUGGCUUUCUUGCCAGCCCGGAGUAUCGAAGCUUUGGAUCAGCUACUCGCCAUUCCAGCACUGCGGUUGUCACAUCGUCGCCAGCCAUGGUCCCUCGCUCAGGAGGUUCAGAUCUUGCUUCUAGACACCACGUCGGCAGCGUCGAUGCGCAGGCAUUCUAUUCGCCGAGAGCAUGUGUUUUCGUUGCUAACCUACCUGAGGGCGUCGAAGAUGUGCGCCUUGAGGCUGAAGUGACCAAGCACUUCAGCCACUUCGGUACCGUCUUUGUCAAGAUUCGACGCGAUGGCCGAAACAUGCCCUUCGCAUUUUGCCAGUACACCAACAGCAGCGACGCUCAGGAGGCUCUGACUCACGGCAAGGGUGUCAUUAUCCAUGGCCGCACCUGCCGCACCGAGAUGGUGCGUGCCAACCGCACUUACAUCCUGCACCGUGCCAAUGGCGACCAUCUCUAUGUCGAGGAGGCCCGAGAUGCCAUGGAGGCAGCUGGAUUUGGUUCUCUCGAGCGCUGUGAGCCCCUCCCUCAGGAGGUCAGAGAUGCCAUGGGAAUGAGCGAUUCUGUCUUGGUCGAGCUCAAGAAGUUCGACCCGUCCAAGGAGCUACAGAGUGCAUUCCGACACCACCCGCUCUAUCGCAUUUCGCCUUACGAUCCCAAGAAGCUCACUUCGGCGACCAAACCCAACCCCGACGAAGUUUGGCUUCAGCGCUAUGAGAUUGACAGACGCUCCAUCUUCAUUGGCGAUCUCCCUAACAACAUCGAUCACCUGGAUGCCGCUCUUCGAGAGGUACUGGAUGAAGUUGGCGACGUAGUUGACAUUCAGGUAGUCAGAAAGGAUUCUCGAGAUGGUCGCCCUUUCGUCUUCGCAUUUGCCGAGUUUGCUCGCCCGGAUAUGGCAGAUAUUGCUGUCGAGCGUUUGAGUGGUCGUCCCCUCUUCGGCCGCCGAGCCCGUGUUGAGCGCAAGGCAUGCCGCGAAGUCCAUCACAGCCGCAGCACUCGACAGAUGCAGUCCACCUAUACUGCCCGAGAGUCCUACCAGAGCCCGCUCCCUGAGCGUCGACAGCGCCAACAGAGCUAUGCCUACCACUCGCGUGUCCCUGCCACACCCUUGCGAGAGAACGCCCAUUCUAAGGAUACUUCAGCCCUUACAAGUCCUGUUGCAGGUUCCUCAUCGCAGCACACAGCCUCGCACGAGUGGAGUACCUAUGGCCAUGACGCAUACACCAGCCCCGAGCACUACACUACUUCGCCCUACGCCCAUCAGCUCGGCUCUGUGGAGUACAACGCCGCAACACCCCAGAUGCCUCUUGGCUUGCCCGCACCGGCGGUGGCCACACCGUAUGGCUACUAUCCUGCAUCCAACCUGGCUUGGCUGUCGCCUUACUUGACCGACCCCAACCUGGCCUCCUAUGCUUAUGCUCAAGCCUAUGGCCAUCCGUCGCAUGGUUCACUCCGUCGUGCUGGCACCGGAUCCCAGAUCGACACGCCCACGAAGGGUGCCGGCGGUGAGAGGAAUGAGGGUUCUGGUCCUCGAGGUGGCGAUUCCGCCUAA